UUCCCCCUGAGUGUUAAUAUAUUCUGCUGCUAGGUGGCACUUACAGUUGAAGUGAUGUCGUGACGGAAGAAAGGUUUGUCACCGAAUUUGUACAAUAAUGGUUUUGGAAUUACAGUUAGGGAUAUUGUAAAAUAUAUUUUCAUAUAAAUAUAUGUACAUAGACAUACAUAUAUCUGAAUAAUCAGGACAAAGUGUGUGACUAGCAGUUCAAAAAUGGCAGAAGGUUGUUUAACACAUGCCGAAAACAAACUUUCUUCUUUGUCUCUAGCUGACCAAGAUGCAGUGAGCUGUCAUCAUUGCAGCGAUGAUGAAUAUGAUUCGAACUGCAAAAAUUGCUGCAGUAAGUUAGAUGGCAGGAAUGAGGAGGAAAAGUUGGACCAUGUAAAGGAGACAUGCAACUCGGAGAGCGAAGACGACAGUGGUGGAAACUUUGAGGACACCGACGAACAGAUUCACAAAGCAACAGAGGGUGCAACAGCACCAAGUACAGAUGAUGAAUACCAUUCUGCUGAUGAAGGUGAUAUUCAAGUUGAUGAGGAACUGUUGAAGAAUAUGGAGGAAACUUUAUCAGAUGAAGAAAAGAAGGAACGGCAAGAAUGUGCACAACAGUUUAAAGAAAAAGGUAAUCAAGAAUUCAAAGCGGGUAAUUUUCAAGAAGCUAUGAAGCUUUACUCCAAAGCCCUCCAAAUGUGUCCAUUAGCAUUUCCCAAAGACAGAGCCAUCAUGUAUUCCAAUAGAGCUGCUGCAUUUAUGAGAAUGCAAAAAAAUAAAAAAGCAAUUGAAGAUUCCUGCUCAGCACUGGAAUUGAAUCCGGACUACUUAAAGGCUUUAUUACGUCGUGCAGAAUUAUAUGAGAAAGAAGACAAGCUUGAAGAUGCCCUUCAGGACUACAAAAAGAUUGUUGAAAUGGAUCCGUCUCAGCACAGUGCUCGUGCAGCAUGUUUAAGACUUCCUGAACAAAUAGAAGAACGGAAUGAAAAGCUAAAAGCAGAAAUGAUGGGUAAACUGAAAGAUCUUGGAAACAUGAUUCUUAAACCAUUUGGCCUCUCAACUGAUAACUUUCAGAUGCAAAAAGAUCCUCAAUCUGGUUCAUAUUCAGUAAAUUUCAAGCAAAAUGUAGAUGCUACUUGAGUGUUUUGAACUCUUUUUAGAUAUAAUCAAGAACUGUCUUAAAAACAGAAUAAGAAAACUUAAAUACCUUUUUCUUUUUUGAUUAUUGUCCAAAUAUUUAUCUAUGAAGAUGUUGUGCUUGUUUAUAUUUAAUUAUUACUAUGUCCAGAACUGUUGGAAAGUAUCCACAAUGUAUUAUAAUAAAUUCAUUAAUUUUAAACUUGGAA